ACGUAAUCAUUACCAAUGGUUUAUCAUUAUAAACAGAUUUACAGUGACUUGUGUAUUUUCUCAGUGACAGGAAAACGUUUUCUAACGAUUCAGUUAUCUCAUUUCUUCACAUUCCCAGUUUUCCCAUCCGCAAAACCAACUCUGAAACGCAUCACCACCUUAAAAAGCCGAGAUCACACAGAUAACUCACUCUGUCUGUCCCAAACAGGAAGUGCCAAACGUUCAGGUGACGUCACCGACCACAGCCGCACGCGACCCUGCUGCCGACGUGGCGCGAGCUCGAGCGGAAGGGUUGCGCGAGCGCGACUGUCAGCAGAACUGAGCACCAUGUCGCAAGAUGAGACUGUGGAAGACCUCACUGCAAAAUCUCCCCCUUCCCUCCACGCAACUGCCUCUGAUGAAACUGCCCCCAUAGCUGCAGUCAGUACAGAUGAGGUCCCGUCUUUAUCACAGCUUUCACUAAACACAUCGACCCCUGACCCAACAAAUGCGGCUGCGGAAGAGCACGGCACAGCCAAAGGUACUGAAGAGAAGCAGGUACACCAAUCAGAAGAAAACCCUGAGGGUCAGGUGACUGAAUGUGUGGAAUCAGUGAGCUUGGACCCAGAUGUUACACAGGAAGAAACACAGGAAACAGAGCUCCUGGAUGAGUCUAAACCUAAAGGCUGGAGUAGUUGGGGCUCCUGGGGGAAGUCACUUCUGACCACUGCUACAUCCACUGUGGGUCAAGGGUUAAGCUCUGUAAAAGAAAAAGCAGGUGUGGCGUUCCGAAUUCGUCAGAGCUCAUCAUGUGAGGAGGCAGAAGAGGCCCAUGAGCAUUCUGGGACAGAGACUGCAGAACAUGUUCAUUCAGAGGAGGUGCACAGAGGAGUACUGUCAACCAUCAGCAGCGCUGUUCAGAACACUGGAAAGUCAGUAAUAACGGGAGGUCUUGAUGCUUUGGAGUUCAUUGGAAAGAAGACCAUGAAUGUCUUGGCAGAGAGUGAUCCAGGCUUUAAAAAGACUAAAAUACUGAUGCAGAGAACUGUCUCUCUGUCUCAGAUGUUAAAAGAAGCAAAGGAAAAGGAGAGAGAGAGACUGAGCAGUCAGAUGGUCACAGAACCAACCGCCCACUACGGUAUCUUGUUUGAUGAUUACCAAGGCUUGUCUCAUCUCGAGGCACUGGAGAUACUUUCCAAUGAGAGUGAAGGAAGGGUAAGAUUCUUGUCCUCUUUGGAAGAGGAAGAUUUGGAAGUUCUGAAGAAGGAGCUGAUUGCGAUUAAAGAGAUCUUCAUCACUCGUGAGGAGGAGGAAGCUGAUGCUGCCUCAGAGGAAAACGGUGCUCUUAAUUCACAAAUUCAUUGUUCCACUCGUCUCUGUGACUGCGAUGGAGAGGAGUUUGUCAGUGUUCUUACUGAGCUACUCUUUGAGCUCCACGUCGCUGCAACUCCAGACAAACUGAACAAAGCCCGUAUAAAAGCUCAUGAUUGGGUGCGAGAAGUGGAACAAUCACAGGAAGUUGUCAAGAAUGUAACAGAGGAAUUAAAAGAAGAGUGCUCCACCCCUUGCACCGCUCCAGAAAAGGGAGAACAAAAAGAAGAAGAAAAGAAAGAGAAGGGAGAAGAGGGAGAGAACGAGAAAAAUAAUACAAAAGACGUACACUCGGAUACUGUUGAGAAGGUGUAUCUGUCAUCAGUGGGCAGUCUUGCUGAGGUUACCGCUCGUAGUAUAGAACAGCUACACAAAGUGGCUGAGCUGAUUUUACAUGGACAAGAGCUGGAGAAGCCAGCCUGCCAACAGGCCAGUAUACUGGUCAGGUUAACCAGUGCCAUGUGUAAGGAGGUCGGAUGCCUGGCCCGAAAGUUUUCGGACACAUUACUGGCUGUAGGGAAUCAGAGAAAGGCAGAAGAAGUAAAUCCUCUAGUGGACAGUGUGAUGCUGGAGGGUUGUAAUAGCACUACCUACAUCCAUAAUGCAUUCCAGCUGCUGUUGCCUGUUCUUCAGGUCUCACACAUCCAGACCAGCAGAACCACGGUCAAGCCAGCCCCAGAACCAGCAUCCACAGAAUAGUGCCUUCGUUCUGUUUGUGUGUGUUACUGUCUGUGUUUGUCUGUAUCUGUGUAUUGUGUUUAGGUAUGUUGCUUCAAUAUGAGAGCUUAAACCAAAAAAGUGCAAUUCUAGUCUAUAUAUAGACUCUUACAAAGAGAUAAUUAAGAAAAUAAGAUUGAAACUCCUAACUUAUUUAGGAAGCUGCUUAAUUAUGUAUUAUCCUCUUGAUACUGUGUCCAUUCUUUUUUUUAAGUUACUUUACUAAAAAUUGAAGAUUAUUAAUCAUGUGUUGCAUUGUCUGAACAGAUCUGGAGGUCCAACUGUCAUUCACCUAAAUUAAUCAAUCUCUCAUACACAAUUAUUGUUUUUAUUUUGAAUAAAAUGGAACAAGAACAUAAUCUGUAAUAUAAAUGAUAUGACACUAAAGACUGAAAUGAUCAGUACAGUACUGUUUUAUUUUUUUGAAAAUGUUCAGUUCUCACUGUUCUCAGUACAUCACACUUUGUUCAUUAGACAUUAGGUACUCCUUGAAAAAGAGCGUACUUUGUUUUAAGAUGAAGUGAAGAUUAUAGUUUGAAAGGAAUUGAAGAUGAAAAGUGCUUUAUGGAAACAUAAAUACUAGUUUUAAUAGCCACAAGAGCUUUAGAAUGGUGUUAUAUACAGUAAUUAAGAAAUCACAUUAGUGUAGUAGCCAUACUGCUAGCUAAAUGGGUAUUAGAGAACCAAGCAACAUGGUUUAUGUAUUCAGCCUAGUCAUAGCAAUGUUCCCUCAGUUUUUUCAGCAUUGGGCAAAUAGACACUCUUGAGCCUGUGUAAGCGACAUAAUGCCACUGCCACAUUGUGAUUAUUAUCAAUAUUCCUGUGGUUUAGAUAAAUAAUGGAACUGUAAGACCCUGUUUAGUCAUUUGCAGAUCUGUGGAAGGAUCCUACAAGAGCAGCUUCUAAACAAACUCUCACAUUUGUUUCACUAUAUUACUGAGGACAUUGCAUAGACUUCCAUUGAUUUUAUAUCAUGUUAAUAUUUUUUAUCUCCUAACCCAACCAUAACCCUCACAGAAACAUGAGCAAAACCAUAGAUUUAAAUAAAAUCAUAUUUGGCCAAUUUAUAAGCCAAUAUAUACUGUAAGUGAAUUUUUUAACGAUAGUGAGGAAUGUCUACUAUUCAGUUGUUAUAUUAUUUCACGAUGUAUGUAAGUGAGGACAUGUCCUUCAGAAUAAAAGGUGUGAAUCACCAUUUCUCAUCUGCCGACAA